CAGAAACCAUGCAUAACGUGUUUAGAGAUGUAAGCAUAAAUAUCGACAAGGAGGAGUCUAAAAAUACUCAACACAAGGCUCUAAGGGAAGAUCUUGAGACGCAGAAGACUCCAAAGGAUGAUGAAAGCAUAAAGUCAACAAUUAAGAAGUACUUCAACUUGGUCUUUCCUAAUUUCAAGCUUAUAUCAAUCACAACUGGUUUGGUUCUGCUCUGAGUGCUGGUUUAUCUAAUUGAAUGGGCAUUUUACGUUAGAUAUACAUGGCCAUGAACAUUGUAUAAGCUUGGAGGGAAUUAUCUCCCAGUUAUACAGAGACAUCAGCACUUUCAGAGACUUUUGAAUCCCAUUCUACUGCAUACUAAUUUAAUCCAUUUGGUUCUGAAUAUGAUGAUUCUGUUGAUUUUGGGAAACUCAACCGAAGAGUUCUUUGGAAGAAUUAACUAUAUCGUUCUAAUCCUAUUCUCUGGAUUUGGAGGGAACCUCGUCUCAGCUGCUCUAUCAGCAAAAUGAGGGAUUACUGUUGGUUCAAGCACUGUUGUAAUGGGGAUACUAGCAUUCCAGCUCAUCUGGCUAAUGGCAUCAUGGCAUAAAUUCGGCAAACACAGAAUCUUCUAUGCUGUGUACUUAGGAGUCAUGUUCUUCUUUAUUCUUUUAGCUGGCUUUUUCUCAUCCGAGAAUGCUAUAGAUAUCUGGGGACAUCUAGGAGGAUUUCUUACUGGAUUCUGAAUUACACUGAUCCUUUACAGAGAAGUCAGGGAGCACCAGAGACUCAAAAGGUUCAGAAUUCCAGGAUUUUUCGGAAUCUUAAUCAUCCUAGGUGCUGCAGUUGCUCUGGCUAUUAUGAGAAGGACUCAUUUUUGAGUUACAAAAAUUUGAUAA